AUGGGCGACAGCGGUGGCUUCGAUGCCGUGGUGGUACCCGUCAAGCGCGGCUCGCGGCAAGGGGAGAGUGGCGAGCGGCCCCAGCGGGCCACGCAGGAUGAAGCGAGCAGCUCUGGAGAUGAGAAUGUGGAGCGCGGCAACUGGGCGUCGAAGAGCGAGUACAUGCUCUCCAUGAUCGGCAACGCCGUGGGGCUGGGGAACUUGUGGAGGUUUCCCUACCUGGCCUACAAGAACGGCGGCGGAGCCUUCCUCAUUCCCUACAUCAUCAUGCUGGCCUUUGUGGGGCUCCCGCUCUUCUUCCUCGAGUGCUCCAUUGGCCAGUUCGCCAGCCUGGGUCCCAUCACCAUAUGGAAGGUCGUCCCUCUCCUGAAAGGCUUGGGCUGGAUGAUGGUGAUAACGUCCUCCCUCAUCGCACUUUACUACAACUCCAUCAUCGCCUACGGCCUCUUCUACCUCUUUGCCAGCUUCACAUCCGAGCUGCCGUGGUCAUCCUGCAAGAAGUGGUGGGGAGCUGACGAAAACUGCUUCGACCGCUCAGUUUGCAACAGCUCCCUCGCAGAGGGAAACUGUUCCAGCGUCAAUUCCAGCAAGCAGACGCCCAGCGAGCAGUACUGGAACAAGUACGCUCUGCGGCGGUCGGAAUCCAUGGACGAAACAGGGGAUGUCGUGUGGCACCUCGCGCUCACCCUGCUGCUGUCCUGGAUCGUCACGUGCGCGGCACUCGUCAAGGGAAUCAAGUCGUCCGGCAAGGUGGUGUACUUCACGGCCAUCUUCCCAUACGUGGUGCUCAUCAUUCUGUUGAUCCGCGGGGCAACACUGCCGGGAGCCAUCCUGGGCAUCGAGUACUACAUCGGACGCCAGUCCAACUUCACGAAGCUGCAGUCUGCCGAGGUGUGGAAGGACGCAGCCACGCAGAUCGUCUUCUCCCUGGCCACGGCCUCGGGCUGCCUCAUCGCUCUCACCUCCUACAACAAGUUCCACAACAACUGCUUCAAGGAUGCCCUCGUCGUCACCAUCACCAACUGCUCCACCAGCGUCUUCGCCGGCUUUGUGAUCUUCAGUGUUCUUGGGCACAUGGCUCACACCACCGGGCAGCCCGUUUCAGAGGUAGCCGAUGCCGGAUUUGGACUGGCAUUUGUGGCCUACCCUGAAGCGCUGGCACAACUGCCAAUCUCUCCUCUUUGGUCAAUCCUCUUCUUCCUCAUGUUCCUCACGCUGGGCCUCGACAGCCAGUUUGCCACUAUAGAGACGGUGACCACGGGUUUGGUGGACGAGUUCCCCAACUUCUUCCGCAAGCGCCGCCUCCCGCUACUCUUCUCGGUGUGCAUGUUGCUGUUCCUGCUCGGGCUGACGACCACAACUCAGACUGGGAUCUACUGGGUGAAUCUGGUUGACCAUUUCUGCGGUGGGUGGGGACUUUUGGUGGCUGCUGCGCUAGAGCUGAUUGGAAUCAACUGGAUAUAUGGUGGAAACCGUUUCAUCCGCGACAUUGAGAUGAUGAUUGGGAAGAAGUCGCAGCUUUUCUGGAUUUGGUGGCGUGCGUGUUGGUUCGUGAUCUCACCCCUACUCCUCAUCGCCAUCUUCCUGUGGUCAAUCAUCACAUUUCAAGCACCAACAUACGGAGAUGUGGUCUACCCCAUGUGGGCCAUCGCACUUGGCUGGUGCAUGAUCAUCUUCAGUCUCAUCUGGAUCCCCAUCAUUGGUGUGUGGAAGAUUAUCAAGGCGGAAGGUGGCAGCAUCUGGGAGCGUUUCCAGGCCGUCUGCAGGCCCGAGGCCGACUGGGGCCCCUACCUUGCCCAGCACCGCACGGGACGAUACGCGCAUCUUGCGAGCUCCCAGGGCCCGCCCGACAAAGACACCACGAACGGCUUCUCAACGGGAUCGAGCCACCCAGGCCCCGUCGCAGAGAGCCCGAAAGAAGCUCGCUACACCACGGCACUAUAGACCACACGCUACACACAAAGACAGAGAUAAGCUCCCUCCAACACGGCACUAUAGACCACACGCUACACACAAAGCUCACUGCAACACUGCACUAUAGACCACACGCUACACACAAAG